AUGACCCAGGUACAGACCAACGGCCACCUCGCGACCAACGGUGUCCACGAUACCAACGGUGUCAAGCCAGAGCCGAGCCUGGAGGAGAGGACACCGGAAUUCGGCUUUGAGGUCGUACAAGGCUUUUUCGUUCAGAAUGGACCCAAGCCCAAGCAUGUUGCGUUUGAAGAGAUUCUGCAAAAGAGUUUCGGAUUAGUGGACCAGAGCCCGGAUAGAUGGACAAACCUCAAGUCAUCCCUCAAGAAGCUGCAGGACGAAGCUACCGAGGGCGUGCAAUACAAAGUCCUCUUCCUCGGACGACACGGUCAAGGCUGGCACAACUUUGGUAACGCCAAGUAUGGCGACGACUGGGACCACAAAUGGGCCCUCCUCACCGGCGACGACGAGAUCACCUGGGGCCCUGACCCUCCCCUCACCCCGCUCGGUAUCCAACAAGCCCAGUCGAUCUAUGCCGCCUGGUCACGCGAAGUCAAGCAGGGCGCGCCAGUCGGUGCGGGGCAGAUGAAGUGGUUGGUCAGCCCGUUGGUGAGGACGAAUCAGACGUUGGAAGCGAGCUGGGGGGAGCUUGUGGAGGGUAAGCCGGAGGCGUGGGAGGAUUUGAGAGAGAUUUAUGGGUAUCACACCAAUGACUUGCGGUACACCAAGACGGACCUGCAAAAGCGGUUUCCCAACGUCGACUUUAGCUCCAUCACCGAGGACGAUGAUCUCUGGACACCGGAGCCCAGGGAGACGUAUGAGCACGCAGGACUGAGAGGGCAGCGCGCUAUGGACAGGCUGUUCAGCGAGGGUGGCCCCAGCGAGACCUUCAUCUCGGUCACCGCCCACGCCGCCUUCUACCGCUCCCUCCUCAAGGUCCUCAACCACCAAGAGUACGAGCUCGAAACCGGCGAGAUGAUUCCCGUCGUUGUCAAAGCCACCAAGCUUUCCAAGUCCAAAUUAUAG